AUGGCCACCGUCGCCGGCCCACCGAAAGCCUACGAGUUCACUAUCGACGAUGAUGAGUUAGAGGACCCUAAACCAUCAUCUGAUCAAGCCACAAUGUGCAAUUUUUACAAGUUAAACUUGCCAGCCAGCGCUUCAAUACUGAGCAAGCAGAUAGCAAAAUCACAAGCGAAACGAGCCAAAAGAGACACUCGUCAUCGCCACCGAAAGGAUCUGUCUGUAGUUCGGGAGACUGAUGAGACACGUGGAUCGAAUUCCGAGGAAAAUGCAUCGCCCCGACCUAUCACCGAACUCUCCUUCGAUCAUGACGCUCCUUCAGCUCCACCAUCCGCUCCACCUUCCGCCCCUGCUUCUCAAUACGGUGGACGCUCUAGAAUCGAUUCAGAACCCGUGGGAGUCAGACUGCAACGUCAAUCGUCACUUCCAGAAGCUCAACGAGAAAUAGAACCAAUGGAUGAGGAAGAAGCGCAGCUUCUAGCAAUGCUACUCAAAGGAAUAGAAAGGAAUGAACAGGGAAUACCACUAAAUGGAAAUCAGCCUAUUCGAAAUCCCGCACCAAUUCCACAAGUUGCCCCAUCCCCAGGACUCCCCCACCUCCAUCCCGGCGCCAAGGUGUCCGAGUGGCUAUUCGAGAGAUCCACGUCACCGGAUAAUUUGUCAGUAGUGUCUUCAGUGCUUCUAGAAGAUUCGGGCCUUGUUUUGAACUACAGAAAUUCUGAUGAUGAUGAGGACGAUAUCUUUUUCGAUGCUCCAGAAGAAAAGUUGGUUGAUGAGGAAAAGGAGGAGAAUAAAAUAGAAAAGAAUGUUGAUGUUGUUGAUAGUUGUGGUCUCUCUCUCAACCGGAAUAUCGCUGCUAUGACACAAUCGUUGGUUCGCGUCGAAGAGGAAAUCACAGUUACUGAUGGGCCUGAAUUGCGGACUGGUCGGAGCACAUCAGUUAGUCCAAGGCCCACGAAUAAUGAGCAAUUUAUGAGAAACAGUAAUGGAAGUGCCACAUUUAAUGUAAAACAUUCGAGUACACUGGCACGACUUCAAAAACUCUCACCUCAAUUUCAAGGGAACAACGGAAACUCUAACACUCCUGUCUCGACAAGAACUACCAGAAGUGUGCUCCGUGUGCAUAACGUUAACUCAAUGCCACGUCCUACUACCGAACAGACGCCGAUCAGAAAUACGAUGAGCAAGUCGAGUGUUCAGACUCCGCGCGCAGCUUCGGGUGUCAGGAUUAUGCCUCCAAGCUCCCAAAUCACCCCUCCUACUGUCACCAUCAACCCAUCAAUCCAAUCUCGUCCUGCAUCCGUUGUCUCUUCUGUCGGAGGACGUUCCUCACAAAAUGUCACAUCGGUGACGGCAUCCAACCUCGAGGGACUUCAAGACUUGAUUCAGAUGCAAGAAGAAGCCCUCCGACGCGCCGCUCUUGAUAGCCAAUCAGGUGGUGCAGAACGAAAGAUGUCAUGGCACAGCGAUCAAGAUGCUAAUCGUCAAUCUACGUCGACCCACUCAUCUCUUGGCUCUCUAUGCUCCAGUAAAUCGAUCGAUGGAGCUCAUGCAUUGAGCAAAAUGACGACACCAUCAGCUUCGCGGAUUCCGACACCGAGGUCUCGCCUCCCAACGCCACGUGGAUCAACACUACCUAAGAGAGUACAUUCCGUGGCCGCCGCCGUGCGUUUUACGACAUCGAAGCCAGAGUCUACCUCACCUUCAGCCAACAACGAUGCCGAUGAAUGCUUCUGA